CAUUGCCAUGUUCCUAGAAUGACACACUUGGCAAGGUCAGUAGCACCAAAGUACCUCAUCGAAGCAGCUUCACUGCAUGAUCAUCUGACAAGAGAGUCAUUUUCAAAAAUACUGAACUGUGGUCCAAUUCCAAACGACAGGUGGUUUCAAGCGACACUACCGAUUAAAAAUGGAGGUUUUGGGAUGACAUCCAUUACAGAGAUAUGUCAAAUAGCCUUUAUAUCUAGCUGGGCUAAUGCACUGUCGACAUUACCGAUUCGAUUCCCAGCUAUGGAGAAUCAAAUUAAUGAAAUCAUUUUUGGAGAUGGUGCAGAUGGUUCUAUUAGAUCCGAGUUACUUCGAGCAAUUCCUCCUGGCAAGAUUUUUACUGACUUGCUAGAGGACACUAAGAGACUACAACAAAAAUUAACUCGUCAACACAUGUCUUUUGCUACUGCCCACAUGGUAGAAAACACUGCUUCGCCCAGAGAUGCGGCUCGCCUUCGCUCUCUAGGUGGAAAAGGUGCUGGCUCCUGGCUUAACACGAUUCCAGAAUCUGCAAAAUUCGCACUCUCACCUUACGAAUUCCGUUUGGCGUGUUUGCUGAGAUUGGGUCUAUCUUUGCCGGCUGUCAGAUGGAUUGAGCAGUGUGAUUGUGGAACUGCAUUAGACGAAAUGGGAUACCACUUGCUGACUUGUAAGAAGGGUGGUGGGCCUGUUUGGUCACACGAUUCGAUAGUAAGUGAAUGGGAUGACUGUUUGCGGCAGCUGCAGAUUCACCACAAAAAGGAACCGAGGGACAGAUACAAUGAUAGCAACAACAGACCGGACAUAGCUGUCUUUGAUGUUGGCUCUGGUGCCAAUGUGGAACUAGAUGUAGCCCUUUCACAUCCAUGGGCAUCGGACAUAGUGAGUCAGGCUGCUGAGAAAGACGGGGCAGCAGCAGCAAGAAGAGAGGACAGGAAGACAAAAAAAUACAGUGAGCUAAAGCUCGCUGGAAUGUCUUCAAUGAGAUUUGUUCCCCUCGUCAUGGAACACUUUGGUCGCUGGGGUGAAGAAGCCACAAAGUAUCUACAGGAACUAUCUCGCCGAUCAUGUGAUGAUGCUGGCAACAAUAACUGCAAUGAGUUUAUGUGCUUUUGGCGAAAGCGGUUUUCAAUAACACUACAGCGGUGCAAUGCAAAGACAAUAGCAAAAAAAAUUUCUAUUCUUACCUUUAAUAGUUGUAACACUGUAGAUGACUUUGUCACACAAUUUUACAUACAUUAGGUAUAGAUAGCAGUAUAGUUGUAGUGGCCGCAUAGAGCCUGCUUAAACUCACCUUCUCUUCAUUAGCCUGUAGUAGUGUUCAUGUUUGAAAUAUAUGAGGAUUGACAGACAGACAGACAGACAGAC